CUUCGGAGCUGUUCCUGGUGCUGACCCUGCAGGCGGCCUCGCCCGCGGCGGCAGCGCGUUCGGCACCCCGCAGCAAGCGGGCCCCGGCGGGAGCAGCGGCUGACGGCGCCGCCGCCUGCCCGCCUCGGUGACCCUGCCCCGCCGCGCCGGGAGCGGCGCCGCCGAGGGGCCACGCGUGACGCGGCUCCACCGCCCCCUCGGGCGGCAGCGCAGGCGCGUUCUCUCUCUGCGGGUGCGCCUGCGCGGCGGCGCGCCGGCACUUCCGCCUUCCGCCCGGGGCCCAGCAACGGGCGGCGGACGCUGAUCCCCAGCCUCGUUGCGUCUCCCCGCCCCCGGCAGAAUCUCAGCUUCCCCCCCGGUGUGCGGGCGGCCGGCCGGCCGGCCCCCUGCCCCUGCUGCCCUCCGCCGCGCCUCGGGGCCGGGGCGAGGCCCGGGCCCCCCGCGGGCCAUGCCGGCGGCCGCCCCCCUGAUCAGCUCGGUGCAGAAGCUGGUGCUGUACGAGACCAGGGCUCGGUAUUUUCUUGUUGGAAGUAAUCCUGCAGAAACCAAAUACCGUGUUUUGAAAAUAGAUCGCACUGAACCAAAGGAUUUGGUUAUAAUUGAUGAUAAGCAUGUGUAUACGCAACAAGAGGUGAGGGAACUUCUUGGCCGUUUAGACCUGGGAAACAGAACAAAGAUUGGGCAGAAGGGCUCUUCUGGGUUAUCUCGAGCUGUCUCUGCUUUUGGUGUAGUAGGUUUUGUCAGGUUUUUAGAAGGCUACUACAUUGUGUUAAUAACAAAAAGAAGAAAAAUGGCAGAUAUUGGAGGUCAUGCCAUAUAUAAAAUAGAAGAUACAAAUAUGAUUUACAUUCCAAAUGACUCUGUAAGAGUCACUCAUCCUGAUGAAGCCAGGUAUCUGAGAAUCUUUCAAAAUGUGGACCUUUCUAGCAACUUCUAUUUUAGUUACAGCUAUGAUCUGUCUCACUCCCUUCAGUAUAAUCUUACUGUCCUGAGAAUGCCACUUGAGACAUUAAAAACUGAAACAAUCCAGACCCGGCAAGAGAGUUUUGAUAUAUUUGAAGAUGAAGGACUUUCAACACAGGGUGGAAGUGGUGUAUUUGGGAUUUGCAGUAAGCCUUAUGAAAAGUAUGUGUGGAACGGCAAGCUUCUGGAGGCAGUAAAAAAUACUGUUCAUCGUGACUGGCUGCUAUAUAUUAUUCAUGGAUUCUGUGGGCAAUCAAAACUGUUAAUAUACGGUCGCCCUAUAUAUGUCACUCUGAUAGCCAGAAGAUCAAGCAAAUUUGCUGGAACACGUUUUCUGAAACGAGGAGCAAAUUGUGAGGGAGAUGUUGCUAAUGAAGUGGAAACUGAACAAAUACUUUAUGAUGCUUCAGUUAUGUCAUUUUCUGCUGGGAGUUAUUCUUCCUAUGUUCAGGUUCGAGGAUCUGUCCCUCUGUACUGGUCUCAAGAUAUUUCAACUAUGAUGCCUAAGCCACCCAUAACGUUGGACCAGGCAGAUCCUUUUGCACAUGUUGCUGCUCUUCACUUUGACCAAAUGCUUCAGAGAUUUGGCUCUCCCAUUAUUAUUUUGAAUCUUGUGAAGGAACGUGAAAAAAGAAAGCAUGAAAGGAUUCUCAGUGAAGAACUUGUUGCUGCUGUGACAUAUCUCAACCAGUUUUUACCCCCAGAGCAUGCAAUUAUAUAUAUACCGUGGGAUAUGGCCAAAUACACAAAAAGCAAACUUUGCAACGUCCUUGAUAGACUGAAUGUGAUUGCAGAAAGUGUAGUAAAGAAGACUGGAUUUUUUGUUAAUCGACCUGAUUCCUAUUGCAGUAUCUUGCGGCCGGAUGAAAAAUGGAAUGAACUGGGAGGUUGUGUUGUUUCCACUGGUCGCUUGCAGACUGGAGUUCUCCGAACCAAUUGUGUGGACUGUUUAGAUCGCACUAACACAGCACAGUUUAUGGUGGGAAAAUGUGCUUUGGCUUACCAACUCUAUUCGUUGGGAUUGAUUGAUAAACCAAAUUUACAAUUUGAUACGGAUGCUGUUAGAUUAUUUGAAGAAUUAUAUGAAGAUCAUGGAGACACACUUUCUUUGCAGUAUGGAGGUUCUCAGCUUGUCCACAGAGUAAAAACCUAUAGAAAGAUAGCUCCAUGGACUCAGCAUUCCAAAGAUAUUAUGCAAACGCUCUCAAGAUAUUAUAGUAACGCUUUCUCAGAUGCAGACAGGCAAGAUUCUAUCAAUCUCUUUCUGGGAGUAUUCAAGCCUACAGAAGGAAAACCUCAUCUCUGGGAACUUCCCACUGACUUUUACUUGCAUCACAAGAACACCCUUAGUCUGUCACAGACCAGGCGAAGCUAUACUUAUUGGUGGACCGCAGGUGUGCUAAAGCAUUUACCUCUCCCUUUUGAUGAAGUGACAUGUGCUGAAAACAGGGGCAAGCUGACAGUGAAGAAAUUCCACAAGUAUGAAGAAGAAAUCGAUAUCCACAAUGAGUUUUUCCGGCCGUAUGAGUUGAGCAGUUUUGAUGAGACCUUCUGCUUGGCAAUGACCAAUUCUACACGAGAUUUUAUGCCUAAGAAUGUGGGGAUUGAUCCAAGUCCAUUUACUGUUCGUAAACCUGAUGAAACUGGAAAAUCGGUGCUGGGGAACAAAAGUAAUAGAGAAGAAACCGUGCUGCAGCGCAAAACAGCUGCUAGCGCUCCUCCACCCCCAAGUGAGGAAGCAGUGUCAAGUAGUUCUGAAGAUGAUUCUGGGACAGACAAAGAAGAUGAAGGUGCUGUUUCUCAACGUUCAACUCCAGUAAAGGUGACUGAUACAGGAGACAACACAAAAAUCACAGAGAAUGUAGUGCAAUCAACAAAAGAUGUGUAUGGAGUCAAUCUUUCCGAUGUUCCUUCAGAAGAUGAUCUCACAAUAUACACUAGGUUUGUUCAGCUGGGACAGAGUCAGUAUAAACAAGAUAAGAGUAGCCAGCAAUUUUGCUCAAAACACCACUUGGAAAGGGUUAUAAAUUUAAUACCCAUCUCCUCCUUUUCUCAAGACAAUAUUUAUGAAGUUCAGCCUCCAAGAGCUGAUAGGAAAUCUAUAGAGAUUUUUCAUGCGCACAUUCAGGCUGGAAGAGGAAACAUGCAGCCCCUGGGAAAAGAUGAUUUCCUCAUGUACAGAGAAUACAUUCGAAACAGAUACAUGUAAAUACAGGCUGGAUUCUCCUGCCAAGUCUACUUUACUGAUAGGUCAUAAAAAUAAUUUUAGAGAGUAAAUCUAGUUUUGUUACUUUGCAGUAAUAAAUUUCUUACCUAACAUUUCUAUUUAUUGUUCUUUACUAUUACCCAUGUAUAGUAUUGUGCUUUACAGGAAAAAAGUGAUUUAAUACCUGCUUUUCAACUAAAAGAGAAAGUGUAUUUUAAGAGAUGAAGUGAAUAAAGAGCACCCACAGUCACUGAAUAGUGUGUAGCAAUUUGUAGCAAAGAAAAUAUUGCAUCUUUAGGUUUUUAUAUUAAUUUCUUAUAUUGUUGUGUUUGCUAAUAAAGCUGAAGUGAUUAAUACAUAAAAAUCAGAAAAUAAUAGUUUUCUUCCUUUGUUCCAUGACAGCAAACAAUGUUUUUUACAGCAAAAUGUUUUCUGGUAUUUCUUGAGAUUUUUAGCAAACUGAGUGCUAAAAUGACUGCUUGUAAUUUGCUGCUUUCUUGAGCAAAAUUGAAAAAUGUGGUGUAUGUUAAAAUCUUGUGUCAAGACUAACAAACUUUGUAACCCUAAUCUGUGUCAAAGCUAAUAUCACUGGUGCUAGUAGCUACAGAAUCUGUGCCACAUGCAGGGUGAAGAUGGCUUGUGAUUAAUUACCAUGGACUUCUAGUAGGAUUCUGAGGUGAACCACUUACUGACUGCAUCUGCAAAGGAAGGAGUGCUCUCCACUUUACUAGGUUUAGACUCUCAGAGGGCGCAAACCCAUCCUGCCAUUUUUCUGUAUGACAGGCGUUAUCAGUUUUGCACCAUACCCUUUCUAUCCCUGUAUUUGUGCUCCUGCAAAAUGCUUUCAGGUUAAGCCCACAGCCUCCCAAGAAAUCAGUAUCGGUAAGUGACAUAUAAGAGACUGGAUCAGCUAGGGUGGUCAUGCAAGAGGAAGCAGUAGUUGGGUUGGGCAAGACUGAACAUCAUGCUCAGUGCUAGGUAAGAAGUAAAGAGGCAGCAGGUAUCUGAAUUAGGUUGUGUAAUAUAGGCUUGUGUUUAAAAUAUUAUUUGCAAUUACAAGCUAAAAUUUCCAACAGUUUUCUAGCCCUUUGCCUUGAAGAAUACUGACAGUAUCAGCAGCAUCCUUGACAAACUAUGUUAUUCCACAAGCUUGUACAGACCAUAUUUCAGAAUUUUCUGGAAUAACUGUUUUAGAGAUGUCAGCCAACUGAAUGUACUAGAUGUAGAGAACAUGUUUAUGUUUAUCGUAAAUCGCUUGCAGGCAGCUGCUGCAGACUCUUGGCUGCAUGCUGCAAACAUGUUCUUAAUAUGUUUGAAUAUUGUAUGCAGUAAGUUGCACUUUCAUUAGUAAUUCACUGUAAGAAAUUACACAGUGGGUAAAGGGAAAAGAUAGAAGUUAGUGUGUUCCAGGGAGUGGCUCGUAUGCAGUCAGUGAGAACACAGUACCUCAAGCUACCAAAACGUUUUGGUGUCCAUUGUCUUUUGUUAAUUGAUUAAUAUUGUUUUGAGCUGAAUGGAUGUAUUUUAGGAGAUGCAAGAAUGAAACGUCACUUUAGAUAAUAUGUCUUGGCAACUGUCAGUCUUUUUUUCUCUUGGAAAAAAACUUACUGGAUUCUUUUGUCCAAUAUGAAAAAUAAUUUGAAGAAAUAAAUUCUUGCUUUGGAAAAAUGUA